AUGGUUCGGUUUCAAAUCGAAAUUUCUCGUAAGAAUCAAAUUUUUGUUCUUUGUGCUGUCUCACAAUUUCAACUUCCUCCUUCCCUUCCAUUAGUCUUCAUAUGUUUCUUCUCCCAAUUAUUUUCCAACACUUCUUCCUCCCUUCCUGUCGUCCAUACCCGAAAGCCUUUAUUUUGUUUUUCUUUCUUUCCUUCUUUUCUUUGCCUUUGUAUUUCUCUUUCCUUGUCGAUUUUCUUUCUUUGUCUUUUUCCCAUUCUCUUUUUAACUAAUUUCUUUUCCCCCUUUUUCUCUUCUCUUUCCCCCCUUUUCUCUUCUCUUCCCCACUUUUUUCUCUUCUCUUUCCUCCCCCCUUUUCUCUUCUCUUUCCUCCCCCCUUUUCUCUUCUCUUUCCCCCCUUUUUCUCUUCUCUUUUUCCCCUUUUUCUCUUCUCUUUUUCUCCCUUUUUCUUCUCUUUCUCCUUCUUUUUCUUCUUUUCCUCCUUUUCUCUCUCUCUCAUAUACUCACUUUUCUCUCUCUCUCAUAUACUCACUUUUCUCUCUCUCUCUCAUAUUCUCACUUUUCUCUCUCUCUCUCAUAUUCUCACUUUCCUCUCUCUCUCUAUUCUCAUUCCUCUCUCUCCUCUCAUAUUCUCUCUCUCUCUCUCUCAUAUUCUCACUUUCCUCUCUCUCUCUCUCAUAUUCUCACUUUCCUCUCUCUCUCUCUCAUAUUCUCACUUUCCUCUCUCUCUCUCUCAUAUUCUCACUUUCCUCUCUCUCUCUCUCUCAUAUUCUCACUUUCCUCUCUCUUCCCACCCCUUCCUUCUCUUUUCUUUUGCCUUCUCUUUUCCUUUUUUGUUUCCCUUACUCUUUCUUUAUCUAUACUCUUUAUUUCAUUUCAUCUUUCUAUCUUUAUCACUUUUUGUUUACCCUAAUUUUCCAUUCUCUGCUGUUUUUCUUCUUUUUUUCUUAUGACAUUUGGCACGUUUCCUCUUCCCUUUUCUUAAUACCUAUUUUCCUUCCUCAAUGCUUAUUUUCUCUUAACAUCAUCUCUCCGUUAUUUAUGACAUUUUCUCUCUUUCUUUUUCCUUCUCGACUUUUCCAAAAAAUGGAUGGUUUUUCCCCCGACAUUCCCGUUCCGUUAGGCUCUGUCCUUUUUUUAAUUGCGUGUCUAUUUCUAAAGAUCUUAAGGAUAAUCUUACUUAUAUUUCCUUUUGACACCUGA